UAUAUAAUUUCUUGCUUCUAACUGUUUAUUUGGAUUUAGCACUGUGAUGGGAGGUGGGAUCACAAAUCAAGAUUUGUCUUUUUCUUCCAAAUCUAUGGACCCUUCUAAAUUGAAGAAAAGGCUUUAUCAAGUUUGGAAGGGUCGCAAUAAAUUUCUAUGUGGAGGAAGAUUGAUCUUUGGUCCUGAUGCAGCAUCACUGUACUUAUCGACAUUUCUGAUAGGGGCUCCUGCAUUGACAUUUUGCAUAAAAAUGCUAUUCAUGAUACCAAAAGUCAGUCCAAUAUAUGGUCAUGUUGUACUAAUUGUGGGACUCAUCAUCACAGUUUUGGCGUUGAGUUUUCUCUUCAUGACAUCUUCAAGCAAUCCAGGAAUAGUUCCUAGGAACUCGCGGCCACCUGACUUGGAUGAAAUGUUGAAUGCAAGUUCAGCAUCUAUGGAGUGGGUAGGCAAUGCAGCCCCUGAUGUGAAGUUACCAAGAACAAAGGACAUUUUUAUCAAUGGUCAUUCAGUAAAAGUCAAGUUUUGUGACACAUGUUUGCUCUAUCGUCCACCACGUGCUUCUCAUUGCUCGAUUUGUAACAACUGUGUUCAGAGAUUUGAUCACCACUGUCCAUGGGUGGGUCAGUGUAUUGGAGUUCGUAAUUAUCGAUGCUUUUUCCUUUUCAUAACAUCAACAACAACUUUGUGCAUAUAUGUGUUCACAUUUUCACUGCUGAACCUUCUUGGACAACCAGGGAGCUUUUUGCAUGCCAUGUCAACGGAUGUUGUAUCUGUGGUUUUGAUAUGCUAUUGCUUCAUAGCUGUAUGGUUUGUCGGAGGGCUAAGCGUCUUCCAUUUUUACCUAAUGUCAACAAACCAGACAACGUAUGAAAACUUCAGAUAUCGUUAUGAAAAGAAAGAGAACCCAUACAGCCGUGGCAUUUUGAAGAAUCUCAGGGAAAUCUUAUGCUCUAAGGUCCCGGUUUCAUUGGUCAACUUUCGCGAAUGGGUGAUUGAAGAAGACGAUGCAAGUAUGAGAUCCAUGUCCAUGAGUCACAGAUUUGGUUCAAUCAACUCUAAAGGGAAGUUUGAUUUAGAGAUGGGAGGCAUACUCGGGAAGGAUGCUACUUUCCAAGUGGAUUAUGGUGGCAUUGAUGAAUCUUUGAAGAAGACGAGAAACGAUAAUGCAAAUUUUGAUCCUCUUUUCUUUCCUGAUGAUCAAGAUGCAGAGUCAACACAUUCAAAUGAACAAAGAACAGUCGAAGAUGGCAGAACUGAAGAAGACAGCAACCGUGGAUCUUCAUAGCAGUUCUUCAUAGAUAAAAGGUCAAGCAAAUGAGCGAUGCUUAUCGACAUACAUUAUGUUGGAUGGGAUCAUCAGAUGUCGAUUUUGCAAAGGCUGAAAAGAGUAGUUGGUUUCUUUUUAUGUCUUCAAAUUACAGCAACUCUUUUGGAAAGUCUUUGGUACAUAAAAAUGAAAUAUAGA